UUUUUGGAUAAGUUCUUACAUUUUUUUACUCAAAGAUUAAUUUCAUAUUAUCUUUUUAUAGAUUAUAAUAAUUCUACAAGUAUAAGGUAAUCGUGAUCAUGAAGAUGUCGUGAUUAUGUAAUAUAUAUAAUAUUAUUACAUCUGUACAAAACUUGGUACAUCUACAUUUGAUUGUGAAGAUUGUGUUAUGUGCUACGUAUGUAACUGUUUCGGUUGGACUUUGGAUUUGUUUCAAAGGGCGCUAACGUUCUGCCUCUCGUGUUGGUUGGCAUACGCCGUGUGCUGCGGGCUAUUAAUUGCAUCCAUGGCUGGCAUCGCUUACGGUUACAACUAUUGCGUGGCAGAGUUCGUAACAUUUACAAGGAACGAUGUAAAAGUUUACAUGCGAAGAGGACAAUUUAACGAUAAGCCAAGUAUAUUCCAGCCAAAAAGAAGAAUGGGCGACGAUGAAGAUGACUUUCCAAUUAACCUGAUUGAUGACUAUAAACAAGAAGUGCAAUCAAACGAUGAAGCAGCAAUGUCAAAUAAAUGGAUGCAAGAUCAAGAUACAAGAAAGUACGCUGAAAGGCUAACAAAGUAUUUAGAACGCCCUAAAACAUUAAUCGAAACGAACGAACAAUCUAUAAGUUCUAAGGAACCAAACAAUAUUUUACCAAUACUUCCAACUCAGCACCUAUUAGUAACAUAUCCAACAGUUUCCACGACAUUAUGGCAAAGUGGGUCUAGAGAGAUUUUAAGAAAAAUGUUCGACCCAGUGUUACGACCAAUAGUAACUGAUUCAGAUAAAGAGAGUUAUUACGAUAACAAAGUGCAAAGAGCUCUUGGUAGUGUACUUACGAAACUAAAAACAACUGAAGAGGAAGACGCAGGUGCUAUAGACGAGUCUCUGGGUAUUAGAUUACGAAAAGAAGACAAUCCAAAAAGCGAACCGAUAAAUAUAAGACAUUGGAAAACAACAUCGAAGCCCAAAAAUUUGGACUAUUCUACAGAUGUAGACGAAGAAAUUAUUUACAAAUCUAUUUAA